AUGUUGAGUCAUGAAUGCCAGACAGCCACAUGUCGGUCCGGGGCUACCCUAAUGUUCUCGGGGAUAUUCCUGGGUCUGGUGGGCAUGACUUUCACAGACAUGGGCUGGCUCAAGUAUAGUGUCAGCUGCAGCUUCAAGUGGACCCAGCUGCUCAGCCCCAUUCUGCUCUCUGUAGGAGGCACCUUCAUCCUAAUCAGCAUCUGUAAGUUCAGGAUGCUCUCCUGCCGGGCAUGUAAGCAGAGCGAUUAUGACAAAGACCUGUCUGAGUCGCUGAAGAUCCCAGGGUCUGGCCAAUCAUUUGUGUUCAACGGGAUCAAUCAGCCAAUCAUGUUCCACGGAGCUACGGUGGGGCAGGAUAUCCCGGCGCCGUACGGAUCAGUGACAGGAAAAUCUGGACCGCGGGGAGAGAAGAGGAGUUCCUCCAGUGCCUCCACCAUCACCAACAAGGACACCACUACUUCACCCCUCCUUCACCCGGUCCCAGUGGGAUUCAGCUGA